UGUAAGUCUUUAGAGGAAGCUUAAAAGUUGCAUUGACGGUUCAAAACUCAGGAAUACUUAGUCAAAUAUUUGAUUUUGUCAUCUCAAUCCCACACUGCCUGGAAUAAUAGCGGUGUGAUACGACUGUUACAAGUUAAUAUGUCUAAGCUGCGGGAGCGUCAGUACCAGCAGCAAGCCCAGCGCCGGCACGAGGACAACCUGCGACACGACUACUACCAGCGCACGGCGCGGUACUUUGAGCGCGAAACCGAGGCGGCCCGGCAGUUCGCCUCGUGGACGACGCGCGGCCCCGAGGCGUACAAGCGGCACGUGGAAAGGAAGCGCAAGGAGGAACAGUUGCAGGAAAGGAGGGACAAGCUGCGCAAGCUUCUCCAGGAGGAGGAGGAGGGGUACAGGAGGGAGCUGGAGGAGCUGGAGAAGGCGAGGAAACAGAGGAGAACGAGGCAGUCGGGGGAGCUCCCGGCGCCGGUUAUCGACAAGCUCUUGGACCAGCAGAGCUUGACCAACGGCUGCAGGAGGAGGUUCAUCAGGACACCCUCGGAGAGCCCGCUUGGUUUUGCUCCGGAAUCCACGCUUCGACCGGACAGUGGGGAUAGCAGCCAGAAACAAACUCGUUUGUCAACAAGCUCAUCGCCAUACAAUACCUUGGUGAACAACAGUAAAAUCAUGUCAGCCCAGAACCAGCAGAGCUUAAGCCCCAAAUCAUCGGGCUCGUCGUUGAACGGCAACCAAAGUAGCAACUUGAGAUACGCGGCCCGCCAGUCCACUUACGCGCCUAGUCUCAGCAACACUAACAUGCGCGACAACAAAGUUGAAGAUCAAUCCGACGCAUCCAGUCAGGCUUCAGAAAUUUGCGAUGUUUUGUCGGUUCAGCAACAAGAGAACGAAUCUAGAAUGGAAAGAAUGGAAUCGAGAUUAAACCAGAUGGAAUUGAAAAGUAAGAACGAUGAGUCGAAUCAGCACACGGAAGUGGAUUGCGUUUCAGAGAAACACACCACUGGCCUGGAAACAGAGUUCUGUCGUAUACCGACACCGAGCCAGAAAAGUGUCUCUGACCAGGAUCAGGCGCCAUCCUCCCGACCAGGUUCGGAGCAUCUUCAGUGCGCACCCUUUGAUUUCGAAACAAUCGGGCACAGGGUCUCAACCAUGGACAAUCGAAUUCCCGAACACAAUCAAGUGAGUCUCGACAAUCCGGUCGGCGAUCCCAAUCUCUAUUUCUCAAGCAAAGGGUUACUGAAGGAUGACAAAUCGACGAUGCGAUGCUAUCGCUACCUUAAGAACAAUGACCUCAAGACUAAGAUACUGGAUCUCUGCAAGCGUGAGCAGUUUGCAGUUGCCAAACAAUCGUGGGAUGAAGCGCUUAGAAUCAGAGAAAUGAGGAAUGAGCUGAUACUGCUGAAGAAUAAGAAUCUGUAUGACAACAAAGAUCUUGAUAUCGACGAUGAGGUGAGGAAGUCUGCACUAAAGCUUAUUGAAAUGCGGGAAGAUACACGCAAGAAGAGAGAGAAGAUGUGCAACUACUCCAUGUACAGUGAGGAAGCAAAAGAUAUGUGGAAACAGUGGGUGCAGGAGGACGAAAAGUUCUCGAAAAUGGAGACUGACGGCUCGGCAGACGAGUUCCUACAGAAAAUCGAGGAGGACUGGAAGCAACUCGAGAUGCGAGACAAGCAGCGGAUGUUCGAGCUCUACAAUUACUUGAUUAAUCAUUCCGAGUCUCAGGACGAGCAGCACUUGGCCGCGGCCUUUCGUAACGCAAACGGACGCCAACGACGAUACUCUGACUUGUUUGAGUCUUGAAAAUGUACAUUUUUACCACUCAAGUUAGGAAGGCGAGUUUUAAAUUUACUGUUGUCGUUUCGAUGUAUAUUUUAAUCAUAAGCUGAAUUUUAUAGUGCCAGAUUACGCCAACGUAUUACUUACGAUGAUAUUAAGCAUCAACGCAGUGCUCAAAUUUAUCUAUUGAAUACAAAAUUAUAUUGUAUACUGUUUCAACUAUAAACGAGAUUUUCAAAAAUAUGUAUUUUAUCAAACCUAAUUCUAUCAACGACGUUUUUGAGUGCAAAAUUUGCACUAUCUGCUUUAUAGUCAGUAUUAUAUUUUUUUACAUUUUGGCCAGUUUAAUCUUAGUAUUCGAGCACUAUAAUCAACAACAUAUUUUUAUAAUUUAAAAGUUACUUCAAUAUUUACAUCUAUUAGGUUAGUCAUAAAUGUGCCUUUGCAAAACGCCAUGUUGUACCUUUAUUUAAGAAAAAUCGAUCAGUUACUGUCACAUUGUACUUUUUCCAAACGUCAUUGGUUUAAUUAAUUCAUAUUAACGUAAGAUUACAUUUGGAUUGUAAAGCUGCGUAUUUGUAUAAGUUUUUUUUUUUUUAAUUCGAAAAAAUACUUAUUUAUUAUAUUUCAUUACCUGAUACCUACAUAGUUAUCGCAUGUACCUUUUUUGAAUUAUUUGUUCUGCUCCUCCAAGAUUAAAAAAGCUCGCUAGUGCAGUUGGUAAAGUAGAUCAGAAGCUUGUGCGACGUUAGUUCCGUCAGACUUUGUAAGAUGGAGUUACUUGCAUCUUGACAGUCCGACGAGUGCAUAUGUUUUUUGAGUUUUCACAUUAAUUUCGAUUUAGUUAACAAUUUUCAACUUGGGUCUUUCAUUACAACAUUACUUACAUUAUCGAAAAAUAAAAGUUGUUUCCUUGAAUUUUUCAAGCUAAUUAUUGUUGGGUUUUGAACAAAACAAUUUUUUUUUCUGGUAAAUAUACCAACAAAAAUAUAAGCUUGUGUUGAUUGACAAAAUGUUUCCCUUUAUGUUCAAUUAAUUUUAUUUUAUUUCAUUGAGUACUACGAAUUUCAAUUUUUUCCUAUACGUCGCACCAGCGCACAAAUUAUUCGUAUCUUUUUUUUUUCAAUAAUAAAUGUUAAUAUAAUCUUUUUGAACUUUCAACAUUAUUCAAGUUAAAAGCUAGAAAUAAUACCAUCUUAAUACGAUUAUGAUUUUACGCGUCAAUUGUUAUGAAAUAUUUCUGUUGUAGCGUAUGAUAAUAGUAUUAAAAAUCAAUAAAUUUCUUAUAAAAGCGUAAAA